CACCACACCCCGCUCCUAUCACACCCUCUUCACACACGUGUCCUGGCCCGCACGCACCUCUCUGUGCGCAGACACAGCGUCGGCAGCAGCACCUGAGCGUGCCAGCACGGGCAGAGCUCCCGUCUUGCCGGGCGCGGCACUGGCCGAGACGUCCAGCAUGGAGCGUCCUGCAGCGCCAAAGGCGACGCUGAGCCAGCAGAUCCUGCGCACCUUCCGCUCGCGCUCCUCUGCGGCGGCGCCGUCGCUCGACUCGUCAUCUGCGACAGCCUCCACUCUGCCGGGCAAUGUGGACCGCAGCCUGGCUGUCGGCCUGUCGUCAGGCACCAAGAUCCCGUCCGUCGAGACGCUGAGCCCAGAUGCACCGCUCUACCCCUUCGGGCUGCCCGAGUCGGCGCCGCUCUCGCGCAGCGAGUUCGAGGUGCACGCCGCCGAGCUGCGCAAGCCGAUCCCGCUCUCCCAGCCGCGCCGCGAUGAAGUCACGGCCGAGCACGAGCAGCGCCUGCGCGCCAUCCUCGCUGCGGUGCGCAAUGCCGCCGAGAAGGAAGCCGCGCUGCAGCCCGACGAGCCCAUGUCGCCGAGCUCUCCUCCCGUCGCAGCGCCUGGCAGCGCAGCGGCUGCCGCUGCCGCUGCCGCCGGCGGGGAGACACCGGCCAGCGCCGGCCCCACGACGCCGCAGAUCCGGUCCAGCGACGUGUUCCGUCUGUGCAUAGCGCUGCUGGGCCAGGCCAAGGACCUUCCUGUUGCCAUCCGGGUGGGUGUCUGCGACCUCGUCUCGGAGAGCGUGCGCUUGUCCAGUCGCCGCGCCGCUGCGGCACCCAAGGCCCUGGCCGAGACGCGCAGCGGGGCGCCAGGCUCGCAGUCGUCAAAGACCGCCGACGGUGAUCACGCGCUUGCCAACAUUGAUCGUGCGCUGCUGUGUCACCUCGUCUCCGACCUCUCUUCGGGCUUCGAAGAGGCGCACCCGAGCCGCGACAACGUGCUGGCUACCGCGCUGCCGGCGCUGCCAUCACAGCUGCAGGCGCUCGAAGUGCUUACGAACGAGGGCCGAGACGUCGUCGCGUUUCCUGGCAUCGUACAGCUGCUCGGCGACUGGCUCGGCGUAGUCUGGGCAGAGCUGCAGACGCUGCGCUCGGUAGCGCAAGCGGAAAGCAAGAAGGCGGGAGGGAAAGCUCCUGCUCCGGCCGCGGGUGAGGCCAGCACGUCUACCCAACAGGCGGGCGCCGGGCGCUUCUCUGCGGCGGCUCUGUCUGAGCAGCUGUCUCUGCGCGAGUGGAACAUGCAGGCCAUUCUGCACCUUGCGACGUCGAUUUUCAAGUUCUCGUUCGCGCGCAUCGAUCUUUCCCAUGUCGAGCAGCUCUACGACAAGAUCUCUCGGCUCUUCCUGGGUGACGCUGGAUUCGCACCCGAGACGCCGCGUCAAGCUCUCUCCCCAGCGAAGGCAGCAGCACCGGCCGCCUCGUCGCAACAUCGCCGCUCGCGCUCGAAGGAGGCCAAGUCGCUCACGGACGGCUACGACUACUACGGCCUGGAAACCCUCUCGCCUUCGCCUGGCAGCCAGUCGCCCUCGCCGUCGAUGACACCACACGGCGUGAUGACGCCACGCCUGGCCGCAUCCGAGUCUGCACUCGGCGUCGCUGCGAUCGUCGCGGCUGCGUCUGCCGCAGCUGCGGCCGGAGCAGCAGCAGCGGGCGCGUCGAUCGCCCCAACGCCAGCUGUCGCGCCGAUCGUCCUCGCGACGCUGCCGCCUUCGACCCGUGCAGAGGACGUGGAGCAGGCGCCGUACCCGGUGUGUCAGCCACACGCCGAGCUGCAUGCUGUCGACGUGCGCGCCCUCCUGCGCCUCUUCGACGCCACGCUUCGGUACGGCUACAUGCCGCCGCCAUGCGUCAAUGCCGUGACACGAGUGCUGUGUGGCAUUCUGGGCUACCAGACCGCUGUAGGCGGCAACCUGGUCCUGCUCAGCGCUGAUGCCUCGGCGGCGGACGAGCACGACUGGGUGCACCUUGUCGGGCCGGUCAUCGCGAAUCUGCUGCGCAGCCACUGCGCUAACGCCGCGCUGCGAGUUGUGCGGCAGAUGCUCGUCCUGCCGGAGACGGACUCCGCGGCGCCUGCUCCAUCGCGACCGCGCGCAGACGCACCUGAAGACGUUGCCAUUCUGCUCGGCGCCGUUGGCUUCCUGCGACAGGCGCUCAUCGUGGUCGCCGAGCAGGCUGUCAGAGCGCCGUCCUCGACUCGCACUGAGGGCAAGCAGCAGAACGAGGACGCUCUGGCGCCGUCUAUCUCGCUGCCGCUCAUCCUGCCUGCUUUGCGCGGCGCUCUCAACCGACAGGUCGACGUGCUCGACGUCGAGGUCCUCAAGCUCGUGGCCGCUCUGCUCCCGGAGAAGUCGAAGGGCAAGGACGCGGCAGACCGCCAGCCGCUCCUCGCGGAGCCUCUCUCGCACAGCGAUUGGGACGCCCUCAUCGAUCUGACCGGCGUCGCGCGUCGGCACACCGAGGGCGGCAAGCUGAAGGGGCGAGCCGUAAGCGUCUUCGAUGAGAAGGCGCCCGGCGUGAGCGCGUCGACCGGCCGAGGCCCAUCGGUCUCUGCACCUGUGCUUGCGCUUUUGCACACACUCUCGCGCGUUCGGCUGGCCGGACCGACCGGAGUUCCCAGCCCCGCCGAUGGCGAAGGUGGCAGCAAGCCGCUCCCCUGGACGCCGAAGCUCGCAAGCCUCUUGCUCUCGCUGGCGCCGCUGCUGCCCGACACGAUCGUAGUGGACCUCAUCCAGUACUUCAAGACGCAGCAUCUGUGCCUGCCAUGCGAGCCCAACUGGAUCGCCAACAUGCGCAGCCUACUGCAGGCCUUCUUCCACCGGCACGAGAGCGCGGCGCGCGACUUCGGCGCGCUGCCUGCGCCACGAGCGCGACGUGACCUGGUCUCGCUGAUCUUCGAGCACGUCUAUGAGGCGGUGCAGGACUUGCCGGAUGAGCGCACGACGCUCAUGCUAGAGGUCAUCAUCCCUCUGGCGCAGAGCUCUCUCGCUGCUGAGACCGACGCAGAAGUCGAGCAGGCUGUGCGACGAGUACUCAUCGAGGCAGCAGUGCUCGCCGGCUCGCAGCCGCCGGAGCUCGAGCAGCCCCUUGAGUCGACGCCGGCGCCGGCUGCGGAGGCAGAGGCGGAAGCACAGUCAAUCGACUCGGGCGCCGAGCUCGGCCAGCAGGACAACGAGCGUCUCGCUGCUGUUGAGCUGACCGAGAGCGAACGCAUAUUCGGCGACAUCCGGCAGCUCUUCAUCAAAUUGGCACGGUCCAGCGAGACCGUCAGCGGAGCGCCCAUCAUCAGCAGUGUCACGGCCACUGGCCACGUCAGCUUUGCCGACCCGCCGGGCUCGCACGAUCGCACCCACAACUCGGGCUUUGCUUCGCACUCUCGCCAAAGCAGCGCAGGCGGCGCGCAUGCCUCGAGCGGUGCUCCUUCAUCCGCUGCGCCGGUCAGCGCACCGAGUCGCACGGACAGGUCCUCGCAGUCGGCGCUGGACCUGAUUACCAUCUUCAACCGCAUGGCCUUCUCGUCGUCUUGGGUGAUGAUCUCGCCGAGCGCUGGCUCUUCUGCGGUGGAGCACCGACAAGCUUGGAGCAAGAAGACACGCGCGAGCUGUCUCACAAUCUUCCGCGACCUGCUCAAGAUCCUGCAUCCGUCCGCCUCCGCGCGUGGCGGGGCCGGCACCGCGGAGAAAGACGUAACGGCCGUCGCGCCGCCUUCCACGCGAACACGCCUGGCCAUCCUGCAGUGGCUCGUCCGACUGCGCACCGACCGUCAGCACCGCGUGUACUUUGUCGUCGACGUCGACGACCUCGUCGAGUCGGCUGCGACUGCUCUGCUGCGCGGACCAGGCUCGGCGCCUGCGCCGUCUGCUCUCAGUGCGAUGGCGUCUCUGAGCGUGGCCCCACAGAUGGAGAAGCAAGUCUCCACAGGCAGCACUGCGCCGCGGCCAGCGCGCUCGAAUGUCGCAGCCACUCGCCAAGACGUGCGCGAGGGGCGCGAGCAGGUCCGCGCCGGGCCCGGUGGGCUGGACCGCUCCAAGUCACGCGCCCGCGAUGCGUCGCGCGACCGUGGUCGCAAUGUAGACCGUGCCACGGGCGAGACUGGACGUCUCGGCGAGCGCGAGCGCAGCAGCAGCCGCACGCGGGGCACCUCGGCGCGCAAGAAUGGCCCGCAGGCUCCCGUGGAGCCGCAGGAGGCGCUCUGGCACCUGCCGCAGGAAGUCUUGUUCGAGGUGCCGCACUCUGCGCAGCGGAGCGACGUCGUCUUCACGUACAUCCACCCCGAGGCCGAUCCGCACUGCGCGCACGGACAUGACCACGGCAUCGACGAUGGCGGCGAGCCCGCCGUGCCGCUGCCUGUCUCCGAGUACCUUGCGCUAGCGAUCCAGAUUCUCGCCGUCGAGCGCAACUGGGAGCUGGUGUCGUACCUCAUCUGCCACCUGCCGCAUCAAUUGGCCAACAAGCAUCUCUUCUGCGGUCCCAAGGCGCGCGACCAGAUCAUGGCGCUUCGCAAGCAGCUGUGCAGCGACAUUCUCUCGCACACGCUCGCAUCGGAUGUGCAUCUGCCAGAGGAGGUCCGCAAGACCGACGUGUACGCCGUCAGCUACGCGAUGCUCACGGUGCUCAUCAGCUACCGUACGCUCUUCAGUCGCUCGCAGCAGGACGAGAUGGUCGAGGCCUUCAUCGUCGGCCUCAACAAGUCGCAGAACACCGCACAGCCCUGCGUGCGUGCGCUCUCCGUCUCGUGCUACGAGCUGCAGAAGUCCGUCACGCGCCUGCUGCCGUCGAUGCUCGUGAAGCUCUCGACGGUCAUGUCGUCGACGACGAUGUCGAUCCACAUCCUCGAGCUGAUCGCCGCCAUCGGCCACAUUCCUGCCUGCUACGCCAACUUCACCGAGGCGGACUACCGGCGCAUCUUCGGCAUGUCGCUGCAGUACCUGCAGUACCACACGCAGCUGCAGCGCACCGACGCCGAGCGCCAGCAGCAGCAGGCGCAGCAGCAGCAGGCCAGCGGCGCCGGCGGCAUCACGCGCGACGACCCGCGCUCCAGCCCGGCCUCGUUCACGCUCUCGCAGUACGUCAUGAUGCUCGCGUACUACAACAUCAGCCUGUGGUUUAUCUCGCUGCGCAUCUCGGACCGCCCGAAGCACGUGCCGUACAUUGCCCGCGGCCUGCUGCUCGCGAACGAGGGCCGCGAGCGCAUGUCGGAUCAGACCGAGGUGUGCUUCGACUUCCUUGCGCGCUUCACGCACUCCAAUGCGGAGCCCAAGCCUCGCCGCUCCUUCCUCAACUCGAUCGUCAUGGGCUCGUCCACAGCAGUAGCCAAGGCCGCCGUGGCCGCCGCGCGCAAGGACAACAACCGCCAGUCGAAGUCCUGGCUCUUCGGCAAGGCUCUCGUGACGGUGACGUCGCUCAAGAAGGAAGGCUGGAUCGAGAUCCUCGUGCGGCGCUCGUCCGGCACGAUUGCUUUGCUCUGCAAGCUCGAGAACGCGCCCGUCGGCACUCUACCCGACGUCGACGGCGAGCGCAUGGACUUGCCGGCCGUGCUGAUGAUGCAGCGCGACCCGGAUAGCAUGGCCAAGCCUGCCGUGAUGUCACCUGCGUUGCCGCUCGCCAAGGCGACGGACCGCCGCUCGAUGCGGCAGCAGGCAGAGGCACGACUGCGUGCCGGCGACCACCUGCGCUCCCGGCGUCCACUCGGCCCGGCGCACUACGGACUUGCAAGGCGUCCGCGGGCAGCUUCCUUCAGUGGCGGCCUGUCCAGCGCCUUGAUCACUCGCACUGCACCGAUCGACCCGUACCGCAUCGAGGCGGCCAGUGGUGACGCGCCCGCGGCCGACGAGCUCAUGGCCGCGGACGUGCCUCGUGUCGGCGGACCCCAGGUCAGCGCCACCGAGUCUGCGGCCGUGCAGAGCAUCAAGAGCGAGAUUCUCUCGCCGAAAGCCAGCGAGCAGAAGCUGGCUGCCGACAGCUCGAGCGCUGCGCCCGAGAGCUCAGAGGCCCGACGCGGUAGUGCCGCCGGCCUUGCUGCAGCUCCCGCUGGCGCCCGUCCGGCGCGGGAGGCGGCCGUUGAUCCGGGCUUCAUUGCCCUGCAGCUCUCGGCGUUCCCGGACCUCUCGCUCGACAAGGCGCCGCUGCUGCUGCCCGACGAGCCGGCCACGGACCGUCUCAUCCGUGCCGUGGACCUCACGCCCGUCGUCGACUUCCACAAGAUCGGCGUGCUCUACGUCGGCCCCGGCCAGACGGAGGAGCGCCAGAUCCUCGGCAACCGCACCGGCUCGCCCGCGUACGCCCGCUUCCUUUCGGGCCUCGGCGACCUCAUCACGCUCAAGGGCCAGGAGGACGUCUAUACAGGCGGCCUGGACCGCCAGUCCGACGAGCACGGCAAGUACGCCUACGUGUGGGGCGACGACAUCUCGCAGAUCGUCUACCACACCGCCACGCUGAUGCCGAACCGCGACCACGAUGCGGCGCACUCGGCCAAGAAGGCGCUCAUCGGCAACGACUGGGUGCACGUCGUGUUCAACGAGAGCGGCGACGAGUACCGCUUCGGCACGAUUCCGAGCCAGUUCAACUUUGUCAACAUCGUCGUGUCGCCCAACUCGCGCGGCGGCAUCAACCUCGGCUCGGUGGCGCCUGACGACAGCACGUUCUAUCGCGUCUCGCUGCAGUGCCGCCCCGGCCUGCCGAACUUCUCGCCCGUCAGCGACGGCCAGCUGGUGUCGACGAGUGCGCUGGCCGCCUUUGUGCGCAUCCUCGCGCUCAACGGCAACCUCGUGAGCCAGAUCGCGCUGGCCACUGGCGACACGAUGCAACCGUAUACCAGCAACUGGGUCUCGCGUCUGCAGCACCUCACUCGUGCGCGCGACAAGGCAGAGGCACGCCGCGACGCCGCCCAGCAGCAACAGCAGCCCGGCGAUGCGCCGCCGACGGUGCACGAUCUGCGCUUCGUCUGAGCCGCUCGCCGGCAGACGUACGUGCUGGCCACUGCGCUGCUCGGUGGCCACGUCUUUGCUGCUGCCUCUCCCGCUCCGCCGCGUUCCUGCCUUGCGCAAGUCACAGAGCGUCACGUUCACAUUUGUACAGAUACCCCUCACAUGCCCGUCUACUUUGCUUUCGACCU